AUGGUCAAAAAUAUCUUUAUAUCCUUAGCAAAAAAACUGACAUGGGCUAAGGUUGGGUAUUGUGAAAUUUUGCAUGAAAAUUAAGAGAAGAAGAUGUUAGAUAUUCAUUUUCCAGAAUUAUUAAAACAUGGAUCAGUUGAAUAAGUUAAUAAAGUAGCCAAAUUUUAAAUUCCAUAAAUUAUCGAUCUUAAGUUAAUAUAUGUGAUAUAAUCUAUAUCAUCUAACUCUAUUAUCCCUCAAUUUUCACAAAAGGUAGCAAAUUAAAUGGCAUAUUUUGAAAUAAUAGAAAUUAUAUCUAGGAAUUUAGUAUCACAGUUUCCUUAGAAAAUAUAGAGAUAUCUUAAUUGGGCUAGCCAAUUUCUAAAGAGCAUUAUGUUGUACAAAAGAGAAAAUUUCUAAUAAAUAGUUAAUUAUGCUUUGUUUUUGAGAUUGCUGUAUAAUAAAUAAAGAGCCAAUUAGUUUGUGGAACAGUCGGAGUUCUAUCGAGAUAUUCUUAAUAAAAUCAAAAUGACAUUUUAUGAUUAGAACUAUGUUCAAAAAGAAAUUUUAGAUAUUAGAAAAUCUAAUAUGCUAUUCUUUGGUUGA